AUGGGUCACAAGUCGGACCAGCCUGAUGCUGGGCUGAAGAGUCUCAACCAUUAUUCGAACCGUUUACCCCUCUGGCGAUAUUGGCCGCGACAGCAACUCAUCCCGCUGAUUCGAUAUGAGACUCCAUACCUUGCCUGGGUGCAGGAGAAAGUCCGUACACCUACGCUUGACUCGUACUUUGCGUUCACGGCGAACCUCGGUACCCACACGUUCUUCAUGGUCUUCUUACCGUUCUUGUUUUGGUGCGGCUCCCCGAGUAUGGGUAGAGGACUCGUACAUAUCCUCGCAUCGGGCGUAUUUUUCAGCGGCUUUAUUAAAGACUUGCUAUGUCUUCCCCGACCUUUGUCGCCCCCACUUCAGCGCAUCACGAUGUCCGGAUCUGCAGCCCUCGAAUAUGGAUUCCCCUCGACGCAUUCUACAAACGCUGUUUCGGUAGCGGUUUACGCCUUGGGAUUGCUCGGAUCGCCGGAGUCGACUCUCAGUGCGCAAGUCACGCUCCUUCUCCAAUGCGUUACCUAUAUGUACGUGGUAUCGAUUGUUCUAGGCCGUCUGUACUGCGGAAUGCAUGGAAUGCUGGACUGUACGGUUGGGUGUGCUUUGGGUGCCGGUAUUGGUCUUAUUCAGUUCCACUAUGGACCAGCCUUUGAAGAGUUUAUUGUGUCUGCAUCGUUGAAGGAUAUCUCUCUGCUUGCGCUUUUGAUCAUAUCUCUGGUCCGCGUCCAUCCUGAGCCAGCCGAUGAUUGUCCCUGCUUUGACGACAGUGUUGCAUUUGCGGGAGUCAUGCUCGGCGUGGACGUAUCCUCGUGGCACUUUGCCGAUAUUUGGGACGGAUAUCCUGCUGGGUCGAUCCCCUAUGACCUCUACACCGUGGGAUGGAUUAAUACCGUCAUUCGUCUCGUUUUGGGUGUGCUGUGCGUAUUUGCCUGGAGGACUGUGACAAAGCCCGCUUUGCUCCGCAUUUUACCACCUAUCUUCCGGACUCUAGAGAAGCUUGGACUUCUUCUUCCUCGACGUUUCUUCACGACUGCUUCGAAAUACACCACUGUUCCAUCCAACCUCAAGGACCACGAUGUUCUCCCUAAUUUCUCCGACAUCCCAUCCAUCAUUACUACUAUGCGCCAUCCCCGCCGCCGAGCCAUCUCUGUCGGUCCUCAGUCAGAGGCUGAUGCGUACGAAACCCUGGCAUACAGGGAAAAGCGUCGACGUGAAAGUCAAUCUGGUGGGAAUCGUGCUUCUCCAGUUGCAGAGGGAGAAACCAGGCCAAACGGGACGCCACUGUCAAGAAAGGCGACAACUUUGGGGGAAUACGAAGGCAUGAUGGGUAGGGGCAGUCCUCAUUCCUCUGCCGUCGACGUCAGCUCCGAUAUAACGCCUUUCCCCACGGCCGACUUCUCGAUCGAAACAGAACUCGAGGCCGAACAACGGGACCAGGAGGAGGUUUUCUCCCAGAUUAAGAAACCCCGUGUUCGUUACGAUGUGGAGGUCGUGACCAAACUGGUUGUGUAUGCCGGUAUUCCUUGGGUUGUUAUCGAGGUCGCACCCCUACUAUUUGACCUAGUCGGGCUAGGAGUCCCACCGGUU